CUUGGAAAAGUGGCAGCCGCGCCGGAUUUUGACGUGCAGUGUCAGUCAAGUUUAUUUUGCCGAAACCAAGCGUCCAUAGUUGUUUGAAACGUUUUCCUCGAAAUUCUUUUAAAUUUCAUUAAAAAAUGUCUAUCGGAGUUCCGAUCAAGGUCCUGCACGAGGCAGAGGGACAUAUUGUGACCUGCGAGACAAUUACCGGCGAAGUGUAUAGAGGAAAACUGAUUGAAGCCGAGGACAACAUGAACUGCCAGAUGACGCAGCUGACCGUAACCUAUCGCGACGGGCGAACUUCCAAUCUGGAAAAUGUCUACAUCCGGGGAUCAAAGAUUCGGUUCAUGAUUUUGCCGGACAUGCUGAAAAAUGCCCCGAUGUUUAAGAAACAAGGAACAAAAACCGGCACGGCUGGCAGAGGCAAAUCGGCAAUUCUUCGAGCGCAAGCUGCGAGAGGUCGUGGUAGAGGAGGCGGCGGUGGUGGAGGUGGCGGUGGUGCAGGCAAUCGUCAGCAAGGCAAGGGUAACUGGCAGGGGCAAGGACCUUCUGGAGGAAGAGGCCGAGGAGGAUUGUAGUUUUAAGACACUGUAUUAUUUAAGAUAUUUGAAAUGUGUAAAAGGAGAAGUAAAAUUGAAAAAUACACAUUAAA